CAGAAAAUGGCUUCAUUAGGAAAAUACCCUGCCAUUUGUGAAGGGAUCCAGGACCUAAGUGACAAAAACAAGAAUGUAAGAAAGUCUGCACUUAUUCGCCUUCAAAAGGACGUUUUUGACAAUAAAGAACAUCUUAAAAACGAGACAAAAGAGUUUUUGGAUUCUAACUUUUUCUCCAAAAUCGUUGCUCGUCUAGGAGAUGAGAAUGAACGUAUCCGUGAGAUAUCGGCCGGUUUUAUUCUUCAGCUGCUGGACGAUUUCAAGGAUUAUUUGCUGGACACAUUCUUCUUCAAUACAAUACAAAUCAUAUUUGAUCGAUUUUCAGAAGGAGAAGAGACUGAACCCUCGGAAGAAGUUAGGCUGGAAAUGAUGAGAAUUAUAGCCGCCAUUUUAACAGAUUCUCCAAACCAAACCAAGUCAAAUAGAAGUGAACUAUUUAGAAUAAUUCAAUAUGGCUUCGCUGACAAAUACCACGAGGUGAAGAUCCUAAGCUGUGAGUGCCUGAUAUCCAUGUGCAAAGUUGAACAGAGUUUACUGAAGGAAAAAUGGGAACUAUUGGUUCCAUCUAUAUCCAGGAAUAUUGUUCAUCAGCAGUUUAAAGUGCGGGGUAGCAGCGUAGAAUCUAUUGGACACUUAGUGAAUACAGUUGGUGGCCUAGCAUUAGAAAAUACAGUGGUUCUCAUUGCUCAGCGGGUUUUUGAUCCAAAUCCACAAGUCAGGAAAAAGGUUCUAAAAUAUUCAUAUUUCUACAAAAUUGUUCCACUCCUUAUCACCUUUUUGGAGGAUUCAAUAACUGAGGUGAAGACGACAGCUCAUGAACUAUGGGUGCUGGGAGGGGAGAAAUGGUUACAAGAAAACAAGAUGUCAGAUAAACAACUAAAGGAUGAAUUAGAUUUUUUGACAAGUUUCCCAGACCAUUAUCCGCCUAAUAUCAUCCGCCCUUCAUUAGGAUGCAGGAAAUUGGUCUCUAGAACUCAGCAUAUGGUUUACCCUUGUAUACGGAAUGAUUUACGAGACUGGCAAGAUGAAACUAGGAUUAAGGCAGCUCAACUACUCUACGUAAUGAUUCACCAUGCUGAAAAUGAGGUUCUAAUGCAUGCCGACAAGGUGUUGGAGUGUAUAACAACGUGCUUAAAAGAUGAAAAUAAGGACGUGAAUGAGUAUGGUGUGUUGACCGGCAAAAUGCUUGGAUUCAUGAUAGAACCUAACAUCUGGACACCCCUUGUACUACAGAGUGUACAUGAAUCCCCUACCGCACCUCAUGUACAAGUAAUCUGUAGUCUUGUUUCUGGAUCAAAGAGGGAAGCUUUAAGACCCUGUCUUGAGGAUAUAUGUUUCAGUUUGUCUGCUUCUGAUGUAUGUAGACAGCAGGGUGUUGAAUACCAGACUGUACUUGUCCAAACAGCUCUACAAAUACUCAGAGUGAGCAAAGAAGAUUGUGCAGAGAGCUCUGGGGCCCUUUUUAGAUUGCUCAUCUCUGUAAUAGGGUGUGCUGAGACUAAUAAUAUCCGAUUAGCUGGCCAGGAAGGAAUGCAUGAACUGUCAGUUCUCUGUUCCUAUCAAAACACCCAUGAACUCUACAAGUGUAAUAUGGGUGUUCUUCUAAAGGAGCUGCAGGGUACUGUUGAAAACUGGUCAAAAACAAGCUUUGACAAAAUGAUAUUUGAAGCUUUGAUGCAUGAAAGUGGUCCAGCAGUAGGAUACUACACAGACAAAGUAGUUUUCAUCAUGCAGCAUGCAUCUCUGGAAACCUGGGAUGCCGAGACUAGAUUAAAUAUGUUUAUUCUUCUCUCCAUGAUGAUGCUCAAUCUGAAGAAUACCUUUGAUUCACAGGGAAUCUUUUGUGAUUAUGUGAAGGGAUUUGUUGAUGAUAUUAUCCUACCUUCCCUGCAAUGGAGGAAUGGAAGAUCUGAAAUGGCAAUUAGAUCAGCGGCCACGUCGUCUUUACUUUGUGUUAUAACUGCACUCAUAGCUGAUCAAGACAAACAAGGAACCUUGGACAUCAUAGUUGACAUUGCAGAGAAAGCUCAGAGCCGACUGGGUGGUUUGAUAAACGAUGAUUGUGAAAAGACCCGGAAGAUGGCUCUGGAAGCGGUAACAAAAAUGUUGUCCUAUCUUCAUCUCAAACUAGCGAACUCAAUAUUUACAGAUAAAACCCUUCUGAGUUAUAUAUCUGCACUGCAUGGCAGAUUAGAAAAUGACAGUUUUCUAAUCAUGAAAGUAUCUUCAAGAUGUUCUCUUGCCCUGCUCAAUUAUAUUUCAAACUUACAGGAUGUUGGAGACUGUGUAUGGAUAAAAAGUAAAGGAUUGUUAUCAGAUUUAAUCCUUCACAUGGAUAAUAAAAAUGAAGAAGUUCGAAGAGAGAUGUUUACUGUUUUACAGAAAACUCCAGAUAAACUCAGGCCUCUGCUUGUUGAAACCUUGAAGAGGGGGGCUGAGGUGCACUGUUAUAAGAAGGAGUGCUUGAAUCUUCUCAGUAUAUUAGAUGUAGAGGAGUAGUUCAAGGAAUUCACAACGCAGCCCGACUUCUGCUUGACCUGCAUUUAAAGAUAUGCUCUCAGUUGGGCCAUCCUGCUUAAGAGAGCCAUGAUAACAAAAAAAUCUAUUUUUUUUUGAAAAUUAAUAGAAUACUUUGAUCGUCUUUGGUUCACGUGACAUUUAUACGAUCACAAAUAUAGAAAUAUUCAAAUUAAAAUGUACAGUCUGUGGAUUUUCGAAAUGUGGUCGUCCAUUUUUGUUCAGAGCUGCAGGAACAUUUGUUUUGGAUACUCAUAAUCCUGAUCACUUGAUAUAGAUAUCCAUUGUGGGCACUUUUAAUUUGAUGAUCAAUGCUUAAUCUCUUCAUUUCAGCUAUUCAAGGCCCAACAAAAGGCCCAGAUCAAGCAUUGAUCUCGAUAUCCACAAUGCAAGAGCUCCCAGCUUAGAUUUAAUUAAUUAAAUGAAA